UCGAAAAGAUAAACGUGAACUGAAACGCCAAAGGAGUCCAGACAUCCAGGUCUUGACGGCAUUCAUCGCCGAAAUCCCCAAAUGGACACGGCGAGCUUGUGCACCGUGGAGAAGCGCGGCGCCGUCCACGUCAUCACCCUCACCGGCGCCGGCGAGCACCGCCUCGGCCCGCCCCUCCUGUCCGCGCUCCGCUCCGCCGUCGCCGCCGUCCGCGCCGCCGCCGCCGCGGGCGCCGGCGGCGCGCUGGUGAUUGCCGGCGAGGGCAAGUACUUCUCCAACGGGUUCGACCUGGACUGGGCGCGCACCGUGCCCGCCGAGCUGCACGCCUCCAUGGGCGGCGCCUUCCGGGGCCUCGUCGCCGACCUCCUCGCUCUCCCGGUGCCCACCGUCGCCGCCGUCACCGGCCACGCCGCGGCCGCCGGGUGCGCGCUGGCGCUCGCGCACGACGCCGUGGUCAUGCGCGCCUCCCGCGGCUUCCUGUACAUGAGCGAGGUGGACGCCGGCCUCAAGAUCGUCGACUUCUUCGCCGAGCUGAUCCGGCAGAAGGUCCCCGACGCCGUGAACAGGAGGGAUCUAGUCCUCCGGGGCGACAAGAUGACGGCGGCCGACGCCCUGCGGCGGGGCAUCGUGGACGCGGCCGUCGACGGCGGCGUCGACGACGUGGUGGCCGCCGCCGUCCGGGAGGCGGAGGCGCUCGCGGCGAGGGGAUGGGACGGGGAGAUCGUGGCCGAGACCAGGAAGGCGAUUUGGCCGGAGCUCUGGGCCAAGGUGAAGGACCACGCCACCGACGAGCCUCCGCCGCCGCCGCCACGGCCGCUGCUGUAGUCUACCUUACCGUAUGUUGUAUCGUGUAUGCUUCCGCUGCAUCAAGAUUGGUGCGCUGCAAAUGUAUCCUCGCAGGAUUGCAUGAUUUGUAUCACAUGAUUCUGCUGAAUUCUUGUGUUCUUGCACUGAAUUGCAGAGAUGUUCAGGUUCACUACUUGAUCAUCAACAAACAAAGCUGCAAAAUCAAGACA